AUGAGCCGAACGUUGAAACUUCCUCCGCUAUUAGGACAUCCGCCUUGUCCUCCACGUGUAUACAAGAAGCUCUACGCAUACCUUGAUCGAUCCUUGGCAACAAGCUCGGCCAGCAUCAAGAGAUCAGCUAGUGUAUCAGUAGCUGGAUCACCCUCUCGCACCAGUUCUGCAACAACAACACCUACUAAGGCCAGGAACACACCUUCCAAGGCAGUAGCUCCAACACCACGGGGACUACAAAACACCCCCUCGAAAUCUACACCUCUGAAGCGAAGCAUGAGUACGGCAAAUCUCCUUGAAAGUCCCUCGAAAUCAGCUAGAAAGAUCACAUCUGCCCGACCCAAAGAAGUUAUCGGGUCAACUGUCAUUCCAGAUGCCCCAGCUUGGGUGAUGACAGCCAUCCGAACAAUUUGCAAGAUCCUCUCGACGCCUGCACCUCGCACAAACACCUGGUCUCGACCUCCAAUCUCGAGGACCCUGCCUCCUCAUAUAUUUUCCGGGGUGUCGACCGUCCUUUAUCUUACUUCGAGCAUGUCGAACGACGAGGAGGGAUGGGACGAGGAGACAUUGGAAUUCUUGGAGCCAAUUGUCUCCAUCAGCGGGCCCGAAAAUGACGAUGACUUCAAAGAACUGGUAUAUGCCAUGGCUGUGGCUGUUUACUUCCUUGUGCUUGCUCGUCGGCGCAACCCUGGACCGGAAGCAGAAGCAGAUGUCGAAGCGCAGAAAAUGGACAAGAAAACAUUCAUGGAAAUGCGCCAAACAGCGUUGAACAGUCUUGGCCUCAAGGCGAACGACCGCCGGCAUCGUGACGAUGUGGACCAGUGGAUUGCUCUUAUCAUGGAGCAUGGCUGGGCCAAUGGCCAGGAGUGGUUUGAGAACAUCCCCUACGCUGGGCAGCUCUACGGCGAGGACGAAGAAGGGAAGUCCUACCAGGACAUGGAUGAGGAGGACGCGGUGCUUAGAGGGGUUAGGCUGCCUAAGCGCUCGGCCGCUGGGGAUGGCGCUCGUUCUUCGCAGGCAGAUCACCCUCCUCGAGGUGGCCUUUUGCCUGGCUUAGGGACAAUGAUGCAGGAUCGAGUAGACUGGUUGAGUGAUGACCGGCGAGAAGAUUAUGUGCAUUGGAAGGCAGAUAUCAUGGCCCGCAUUGAAGGUGCGGCUGCUUGA